GCCGCGCAGCCGUGGGCUUCCGUCCCCGAAAUUUUUGGUAAACUUGGAAGACCGUGCCGCACGCAGUCUCGCGCCAAUCUCGCGCCUAGCCAGGCCGCAACGGACGGCACCCCACGACCAAUUGCCGGACUUAUCCAAUUCGCCUUCCGAUCUUCUCGCGGCUCCUCCGACGACGCCGGUCAACCACACUUAAAAAUGACAGCAUCUGCGCUGAGCAAGUGGCCAACGUGCCUGGCAUGCUUGCGCCGACUUGCACAACCCUUUGGCACCUCUGCCGCCAGGCACGGCGAGCCCCGCGCGCGUGCCGUACCGGUGAUCCGGCCCAUUGUCCACACCCAGACCCGAGCCGCGUCACACCGGAUGCGCCUUCAAGACCAGGGCGUGGUUGUCCGCCUGCUCGAGGACAUUCCAAAGUUCGGUCGCAAACAUGCUAUUUUCCGCAUUGAGCGCGGCCGUAUGCGCAACGAGUGGUUCCCCAAGAACAAGGCAGAGUACAUGACGCCUGCUCGCUUCCAAGAGCUCGGUCUUACACGCGACGCCAUUGGCGAGGUCGACCGCUCCUUCGUCAUUAUGAGCGCCCUUGAAGCCGCUACUAGGCCUAAGCCUGAGGAGCAAAAGACGGAAGAACCAGUCCCGGAAGUCCAGAUCUCCCAAGUCAACGUUCCGGACGUUACUCCCGAAACUGCUCAUGCCUUGCUAUCCGAGCUGAUUCCUAACACCCUCACCUUCCACCGCGAACCUGUGCCGAUUCCAAUUUCACAGCCGAAACCCGCGCUGGAGCCCAAGAUUUCGCCUCUAAUUGCCAGGCAUGUGCCGGCGUCUACGCCCGAGACUCCUUCCACUGGCGAAGCCCGGAGAGCCAUCUUUGGCUCCGUCUCAAGCAGCGAUAUUCUCAACCAGAUCAAGGCCCUGGUUUCUGGCCACGAGGAAGCUAGUCGCAUUGUUCUUGGACCAUCAAGCGUCAAGAUAGUGGGCUUGGCCGAGGACAAUGAUCGCAUUAGACACCUUGGUCGAUGGGAGAUUGAGAUCGCAGUUGCUAGAGCGGGUGGCCUGGACCCUGUUCGCAAAUCGGUCGAGAUCCUGCCCAGCGCCCAGUGAGGACCGAACAUCUCCCAGCUUUGAGGUGGCCCGCGCACGUUACGUAGCCAAUGUGUUGUGUAUUACGGAUACACGCCCUUACGCUCGAGCCGGCAUUUCAGCUACCCAUGUAUACAUCUUGUACACUAACAGACUUCGCCCGUUUGUUCACUCAUCCCAACUAUGUACGUGGAGAUGAAUGUACUGGAUAAUUUGCACGACAUCGUAACGAAGCAUUUCAGGACGUUAAUAAUGCGAAUUCGCAUGCUAGGGUUGAGAACACCCGGCACAUAUUGUCUCAUUGCCGACAUCAAAGUGUAUGCUGGGCCAGAAGAAUAAACAUUUUCCAAAACCCAUCCUAUUCUUUCCGCAAUAGAUCUCAUGGCCUGCAACUAAUCGGCACAGCACCGCUUUGCCGCACACUCGUGUUCUGGCAUGUAAAGGAAAGCGACCCCAGGGCAGCAGUAAGCCCUCUCCUUAGGCUUCGACUGCCUAGCGACCUGACUACUUGUCAUCCUAUCUCGCAGCUGACGUCUGUACUACAUAGUGAUUCCCUGAUUUUCUUCUUGCUAAAAUGGUUGCGAAUAGUGGCAUUUUGGUUCCGCGCCCCUUCCUGACCGCAGCGGGCCUACAACCCGUUAGUGCAUGGGUUUGAAAUGUGGUCAAGGCCCUAUCAGAGAUUCUAUCUCGUUGCGAACCUCAGAAUGAGUCUGCGAUGGCUGUAGAAUAGCCUGAUCAUUUCUUGCAGCAAUGGUCAUGCUUUCACCCUCCGCUGAAAUACUGUUUGUUUGCUGGGGAGUUUCCUGCAGAGACUCAUCUUUGAGCUUGUCUGUGGGGGACAUGUGUUGUUGAGCUGCAUUCGUUGGAGCCGAGCUGUUGUUGUCUGCCGGAACCGCACGGAGGGAGUUUGUCUCGCUUGCAAGGGCGCUUUCACGACCCCUCGACGAGGCGCCAAUCACAAACGGUAGGGUCUUCCUGGAACCCGUACUGGACCGACGGCUCUCGAGACUUUUGGAUAGUGUCUUGCUGACGCCUUCGAUUCCCAACGGCGUGCCUCCACGUCCAGUGAGCCCUCGUGCUUUAGAAAUAUGCCCCUGUGUCCGCAUAUCGGCCAUUGCUUCGACAUUGUUUGCCGCAACAGUGCUCUUGGCCAAGCCUGGCGUGGAUGGGGCCCCGGGCUUGUCUUCAACAGCUUCGAUUAAAUACCAUCGUAGGCCAUCGGAAAGGUCAAACGGGUUAUCGUUCUCAUCGUCAUCAAGAGACUCCGUUUCUCCCCUGGCACCAUCUUUUCUCGUCUCCCCUGCCUGGUCAUGCUGUAGGGAUUUGGAUAAAUCCACCACCCGCUCUUGAAUGCGCAUGAUUCGGGCAACAAGCCAUUCACGGUUGCGCAAACGAUGCGAAUCCUGCUCACGUAAAAAAUAAUGUGGAAACCCAACGUUGAAAGCAGCCCAAGCGCCCGUCGACUGAUUCCGCGUAGGAAGGAACAAAGCAAGGUCGCCCUCCUUAAAGUGUUUGAAGGCAAUCUUGUCAUGAGCCUCCUUCUGGAAGCUGUGUGCUUUCUCGCGGUACGCUCGCGCCUCUCGUUGCAGCUUUCGUGCCAUAUGCUCAACAUCCUUGACACGCCGGUACACCGCAUCCGCAAAGACGUCCAUGUCAAGCGAACCAAUUAAGCCCAUGAAGAUCUUGUACUUUUCAACCUCAGCCUCCGGAGUUGCACUACUCAUCCAUUGCAGCAGCUCCAGGUCCGCAUUGUCAGUCACGGGUCGGGCGUUGAGCGUACUGGAACGACGGAGUGAUGAGCUUGGGUCUGAAUCAUUCGGGUUCGCGGUCGUUGCUAAUGAGCGCUCAGAUCGAGGUGUUCUCUGAAUGUGCAUGGUACCAUCCUCCUCACGGGAAAUGGAAAACCCAAGCCGCUCAAGCAAACGAGUAAGGCGGUCGUUCUGUGACCAGAGAAGUUGUGUCAGAUCCUUGGCACAUUCGGUACGUGAUUCAAGCCGUAUGGAGAGUUCUGAUAGUUGCAUCUGGGUUUGGUGAAGCUUUGCUUUGAAACGCGUCACCUCUUCCUCCAUCUUCUGCACUUGGGUUUGUCCAGCGGCUAGUUCCUCCGUCAUGGAAGCGAGGUUUUGUUCCUCGUCUUCUAGCCUUUUCCGCAUGUACUCGGACCCAGUUUCGCCGUCGGCAAUCUUGACCCGAAAUUCAUGUAACUGUUCACGUCCAUGAGCUAGUUCGCCCUCCAUGGCAACGACUUUCGCCCUUUCUUCUGAAAACUUCUCGCGGAGGCGCAACGAGACCGAUUCCUCUUCCGUGAGUCUAUCCUUGGUAAAGUCCAUCUCCGAGCGAAGCGUCCUGAUGUUGUUUUGCAACGUAUCCACGUUGAGCUUCAUGAGGGACAUGUCCCCCUCCACGCCUUGCUUUGUGUUCAGAAUAUCAGCAGCCUUUCCGGUGAUUCCUUCCAAGAGAUCAGGCAACUCGGUAGGAACGUCAUCAGCAGGCGCCAGACAUUCCCAUAUAUCCUCCAGUGCCUGUCUAUACUUUUGCUUAUCCUCAGUCACAGCUUCCAGUCGCUUGCUGAGCACUCUGAUCUCAUCCUGGGCAGCUCGAAGUUCGAUAUCCUGCGCCGCAAUACGCUCACGUUGUAGCCUUGCCUCAUUCUGCAAAAGCACCACCUGGUCAUCCGCUUUCAGAGAAUCAUCUCGUCUUUCCCUGGUAAGCCGCUCCACCUCAAGCUCAAGAAAGUGAACCUUUUCGUCAUAUGAUGCCUUCUCGUUUUCUCGCGACUCGCCAAAGUGUUCGAUCUCAUCUUCUGUGUACUCAAGCCUAGCCUUUAGCUGUUUGACCUCUUCUUCGAGAGACUUUCGCUCUUCUGUGAACUCCCGUUUGAGUGCUUCCAUAUUUUGCAGGAGAUCCUUCUUGGUGGAGUUGGCUUCGUCCAUCUGGCCUUUUAGAUCGUUAUGCAGUGUCGUCAAUGCGUUGAUUUCUCUCUCUAGAACCACGCAUCGCUCUCUCUCGGUGUUCAGUUCGGUCUCU